GCAAGCUUGACGCGCACCAAGCUAACGAUCAGAGGAGCAUCCAAACAGCUAAACAUGGCUCAGCUCACUUACAGCAGACUGUCGCAUUUACUGAGAAUAUCCGUUAAUAAACACUCAGUGUUACGAACCGGGACAGAAAUAAAACCGGGACCUGCGUGUUGUGUUCAGUUCGCACGCUGCCACAGGUCAGUGGACAGUAAGACACUACAGGAGAGGCAGAAGCAGCAGAUGGCGAAAGGUCUUCCCAAACAGAAGCCCAUCACGGGGGUCAAACAGGUCAUCGUUGUGGCUUCAGGGAAAGGUGGCGUGGGCAAAUCAACCACUGCAGUGAAUUUAGCUCUUGGAUUGAUGGCGAACGAUCCGCUCAAAUCAGUUGGUCUGCUGGAUGCUGACGUUCACGGCCCCUCGAUUCCCAAACUGAUGAACCUGAAGGGAAACCCGGAGCUCAGCAACAACAAUCUGAUGAUCCCUCUCACCAACUACGGGGUUCCUUGCAUGUCGAUGGGGUUCCUGGUGGACGAAGUCGCUCCGAUCGUGUGGAGGGGGCUGAUGGUGAUGUCAGCGUUAGAGAAACUGCUCAGACAGGUGCACUGGGGGUCAUUGGACUAUCUGGUAGUCGACAUGCCUCCUGGGACAGGAGACGUCCAGCUGUCUAUCUCACAGAACAUUCCAGUCUCAGGUGCGGUCAUUGUGUCAACGCCGCAGGACAUCGCUCUCCUCGACGCUCGCAGAGGAGCCGAGAUGUUCAAGAAAGUUAACGUGCCGGUUCUCGGUCUGGUGCAGAACAUGAGUGUCUUCCAGUGUCCCAAGUGUAACCACCAGACUCACAUCUUCGGCUCUGAUGGGGCCCGACAGCUCGCUGACACUCUGGGAGUCAAUUUCUUAGGUGACAUUCCUCUUCAUCUCAACAUCAGAGAGAUGUCAGACAGAGGAACACCAGUGGUCGUCUCCUCUCCUGACAGCCCAGAGGCGGAGGCGUACAGGAAGGUGGCGUCUGCUGUGGUCCAAAGGCUUGAGGAAGUCAACACUUGAUUGACAGCUUCAACAGGAAUUAAGGCACAUGAAGACACUCCAUGUCACGCACACUGCACAUGGGAACUUGCAGAACAAACAACGUACUGUACAUGUGACACACUUUUAUGUAAGCAUACAAAACACACGCAAACAGAGACGCACAGAAUUCUUCACUGUCAUAACGAACAAUAAGUUACAUCCAAAGCACUACUGUAUGCUGUGUGUUAGUGCCACAGUGUUACUGAAUAAAUGUGAAUCAUUUAGCUGUCAGGUGAUAUUUAAUAAAACUCAGCUAAAGUCUGUUUAGAAUUUUAUGAAUAUUACAUUUUAAAAAUAUGUAAAGGUGCAGAGCCUGGGCAAAGAUAGCUGAUUGUUCAGUCUUAUUCCAGAUCGUCAAAUACUGACGACCUGGGAAUGAAUAACAGACUUAUUCCAGAAUUGCAUCCUGCAUCUUUAAAAUAACUGCAUGUUGGUGGUCCCCAGUACCACUCAGUACGCUUACAUGACAUCAGAGACUAAAACCAGACUUUUAAGAUACACGUAAACAUGUCAGUCUGACUGAAAUUGUACUAAAUCGAAUUUCUUAAAGUCGCACUAACACAGGCAGAUAAUGUGAAGAUGGAAGAUGCUCCACACUUUCUGCCCCGGGCUUCAAAUAGCAUUAAAUGCGUAACAGAAAAAGAUCCCAGGAAGUCUAUAUCCAGAACUGUGCAUUUUUGGACGGACAAAAUGUACAGAGCUGUAAAGUUGUCCACCAUGGUACCAGUUUGCUGCUGGCUAACUGUAGCUAACUUGUUUGUCCAUUGUUUGGACUGUGAUGUAGUAGGUCAGCCUAUACUAACAAGAAAGUGAAAAGUCGGCAUAUCGCUACCUAUCGUUGCAAAGUCGGACAUACUUCAGUCAAUUAAUCAAUCCCCCCGUACGGGACAGGGACAGUAGUCCAAUUAAAUGGCCUCGUCAAGCUGUAAGCGUAGCUCAACUUAACUGUGCAUGUAAACGUACUGAGUGAGAAGUUACAGAGUUCCACUGCAGUCUAAAUAAAUACCAAUAAAAUAAUAAAAAACUAACGGGGGUAACAACGUCAUAUUGCUGCAUUCUGGAUUUGACUCUUUUCCAAAGUUGGGAUUUAAGCUGUUUUAUACUUAAAUCUUUCUUUGGUCCUGCUUUGAUAUUUUUGUCAGCUCAAGAUCUAACUCUCUGUGUCAUAAUUAACAUGCUUAUUUAUCAAUAAAUGGCAUUUUGGUCAAAUAAAAAUCCUGUUCCACACUCCUUUAAGAAAACUAUUUUUAAACCAUGACAACUGUGGGCUCUACAAACUUAUCACUAUGUCAUGUGUGUGUAUAAUGUGCAAUUUAUAUAUCCUUUUUUCUCAGAUCAGUAAGAAUCUAGAUGAAUAAGAUGUGAAUUUUGCUUUAUUCUGUUCUGUUUAUUGGUUUCUCAAAUGAUUUAAAUAAACGUGUCCCUGCUCAUUGUAUACAACACUAAAAUAUAA